UGUAUACUACGUUUAAAAAGAAAGAUAACUAUAAUUUAUUAAAUAUUUUGGUAGGUAUCAAAUCUAAGUUAUAACUAAGUUAUUGACUAUCUCAAAUUGAGUUAACCAAGUCUUACAAAUUAAUAAUACUCAAAAAAAGAAAUGUUGAAAUCAAUUUUAAGGGGGCUGUAUAGACAUGAGUCUUCAUUAGCUUCUAAAAAUAUUAUUACAACUAGCAAAUCUGUUAAUUCAUAUCGAAUAACUCUUUCAGAUCCUAAAACAAGAAAUACAUUAUCUAUUGCUGUACUUCAACAAUUAAUUGAAAAAAUAAAAACUGCAGGGGAUGAUUUAUCAAUGAAAAGUAUAAUACUAUGUGCAAGUGGACCAGUUUUUUCUGCAGGGCACAACCUCAAUGAACUCAGUGUACCGGAAAAACAAAAAAUUAUAUUUUCAUUAGCUACAAAACUUAUGAAUACAAUGAUAGAAUGUCCUAUACCUAUCAUAGCAUGUGUUGAUGGUGUAGCUGCUGCAUCAGGUUGUCAAUUAGUAGCAGCUUCAGAUAUGGCAAUUUGUUCAAGCCGUAGUUCUUUUUCUACUCCUGGUGUAAACCUUGGUUUAUUUUGUUCUACUCCAGGAAUUCCAUUGAGUAGAGUUAUGUCAAAAAAAACUGCUGCUUAUAUGUUAUUCACUGGUAUAUCAAUCAAUGCUGAAGAAGCUCUUAGAACUGGUCUUGUCAGUAAGGUUGUUCAACCACAAGAAUUAGAUGACGAAAUUACUAAGUUGACAACAUUAAUUGGUCAAAAAAGCCGCUCAGUUAUUACUUUAGGAAAGACAUUUUUUUAUAGACAAAUUGAUGAAAAUAUUAGAUUGGCUUACAAAAAUGGGGAAAAAAUUAUGUUGGAUAAUUUAGAACUCAGUGAUUGCAAAGAAGGUUUACUAUCAUUUGUUGAAAAAAGAAAACCUAAUUGGUCAAAUUAAAAAUGAAGUAAAACUUUUAACAAAUUAUUUUUGAGAACCAUAUUCAAAUUGGAACCAAAUUUGUGUAAAUUCUAUUUUUUAUUUUUUACUCAAGUAUAGAAAUUUCUAUUUAUUAUAAAUUUACUGUUGUUAUUAUUAAUA